AUGACUGGCAAUCUGGAUCCGCAUACAAUGGUGCAGUGUGCUGCCUACCGGCCAAAGGAUUAUGUUGAAGAUCCAAAUAGUCGCAGCCGCGGUGGACCGACUCUAGACCCGCCGUUCCAAGUAGUGGUUCAUCCAGACGCAGUGUUCGUAGCAGACCUUCACGCUCACCUUGCUACUUGCGAAAUCAUCGGAUUCCUGGGUGGUAAAUGGGACGAAGCGUCUAAGACGUUGUAUAUCCAGGCAGCGUUUCCGUGUCGCUCUUUGGAAAUUGAAGGUGACGACGGAUCGACGGAUGUGGAGAUGGAUCCAGGCAGUGAGAUUGAACUUCGUGGCAUCAUUGAGAACGCACAACUGGAGGUCGUGGGAUGGUACCAUUCGCAUCCGGCUUUUGCACCGGAUCCAUCGGUGCGAGACAUUGAGAACCAGACAAGCUAUCAACAACUAUUCCAACGUCCAAAUGCCAGUAAGGAAACCUUGGAGCCGUUUGUGGGCCUAAUUGUUGGAACGUACGAUACUCGUCGGAGUACGCCAGUGAGUCUCUUCCGCUACUUCCACACACGGGGUGAAAAGGUAAGUGGAGGUGCACUUCGCGAGAUUUAUAUGCCCUACGAGCUUCUUCCCGGUCGACGCCAUUUCCGAAGCGUGUUGCGAGAUGAGGAGCGUGAAAAGACUCGAUUCUUCCCCAUCCACAGCUGCCCACGGACGUGA